AUGUCUUCUAAAUCAGUUCUUCUUCACCGGUCAUUAGAAAAGACUUACCCGACCGCAGUCAGUGGCGAUGGUGUGUAUUUAGUCACAUCGGAUGGCAGGAAGAUCCUUGACGGGAGCAGCGGUGCUGCAGUCUCCUGUUUAGGACACGGCCAUCAGGAAGUCAUCGACUCCAUCUGCGAGCAAGCCCGGUCUAUGUCCUUUGCCCACACAUCCUUCUUUACCUCCGACCCAGCCGAGGAACUGGGCAAGCUUCUUCUCGAGAAGAGCGAUGGCGCCUUUGACAAGGUCCUGUUCCUCACCUCCGGGUCCGAGGCUAUAGAAUCUGCGCUCAAGGUUGCACUGCAAUAUCACGUUUACAACGGGCAGUCUGAGAGAGUCAACAUCAUCGGCAGGAUACACUCCUACCACGGCAACACCCUCGGGGCUUUGGCCGCUGGCUGCAACCCGGCGAGGCGUGAUACCUUUGAGCCCGUGCUGGGCAAAACCUUCCACCACGUAAGCCGUUGCUUUUACUCGGCCGACGGUGCGGGGAAGUCCGAGAAGCAGUAUGAGGACGAUCUCAUCGCAGAGUAUGAGGCAAAAUUCAAGCAGCUUGGCCCGGAAAAUGUCGCCGCCGUCAUCGUCGAACCCGUAGUCGGUGCUACGCUUGGGUCCGCCGCCGCUACGGAUCGAUACUUGCCGAGGCUAGUAGAGCUGUGUAAAAGGUAUGGCGUUCUGACCAUCUUCGACGAGGUCAUGUGCGGCAUGGGCCGUGUCGGAAGCUAUCAUGCGUGGCAGAGCCUGGGUAGUACUGCUCCAGACCUUCAGACCAUAGGCAAGGGCCUGGGCGCUGGUUAUCAGCCUCUCUCAGCCGUGCUCAUAGGCAAGCGCGUAUCGGAUGGCUUUGACAAGGCAUCUAGGCAAGGGGCUAAGGCAUUCCUAAGCGGUCACACAUUCCAGGGCCAUGCAAUGGCUUGCGCUGGUGCGCUGACAGCCCAGCGCAUUCUGUUUCGGGAUGCAUUAGUGGCCAAGUGCAAACAUCUCGGCGAGCUCCUUGAGGCUACCUUGUUCAAUGAGCUUCCUGAUGAGUGGGCGCAGAAUGGAGGCAGCCUGCGCGGGCUGGGCUUGUUUCGAACUGUUGAUCUAGGCGCUAUGAGAAGCAAGUUCAAAGGACCCCUGGCUGGCGAGAUUUCCCGGCGCUCAUUUGGCCUGGGAGCGGCCGUCUAUCUCUGCUCCCCCGCUGUCGAUGCUGUUCUCUUAUGCCCUCCGUUUAUUGCGACCGAAGCUGAGAUCCUAAGUCUAGCCCGUAUAUUUGUGCAAGCUCUGAAUGACACUGUUAAAAGUCGUCGAGCGGAUAUUUUAGACACGAUAUAA